UUCUGCAUCGAUAUAUAUACUUAAAAACAAAAAUACGGUUGACAGGAUGUCUUUUGGUCUUCGUAGUAAGAGUCUACCAUCUUCGUACAAACACUCACCUGAAAAUGCAUUUGCAUCAUCCGCAGUUACCACAACACCCAAAGAAGAAUUGUUGUUGCAGCUCCCCGGAUGUACGGUAAAUCUGGUUCAAGAAGGAGAAGCUGUAGAAAUCGCCAAAGGAGACUUUAAUCUUGUUAAGCUUUCUUCCGAGAAUGUACCUUUAGCUGUCUUAGUUAAGGUUGGUGAUGAACUUCAAUGGCCUUUAACAAAAGAUGAGCCAGUGGUGAAACUUGAUGAGCUUGAUUAUUUAUUUUCGUUGCGGAUGGUAGAUAUGAAUCUUAACUAUGGUGUAUCUUUCUCACAACAAUCUGGAAGUGGUUUGACUGAUCUUGAUUCAUUUCUUAAAGAACACUCUUGUUUCUCUGGGGUUUCUUCUUCCAGUACUUCUAAAACUUCUUCGGAUGCUCAGGCUCUUGAUUGGGAGAAGCUUGCACCAAGAAACGAAAAUUACAAUGCAGCCUUGGCAAAAGCAAUACCAAGCGAAACCGGUGAGACUGUCAAAGGGAUUUUCAAGUUGAGCAAUCCCUACACCAAACAGAUUCAAAAGGUAGGAGCAAUGGUUAUAACCGAAGCAACCGAGGAAAUGAGCGCGACUUUGAAACAGAAAACAGCAUGAAAACCACCGAUGGCACAAUGAAGAGUGUACUCAUCAGAGUAAGGGUUUAGAAAGGUAGCUUCAGCAAGCACAAAUUUCCCUGAACUCUCUUUUUUUCUUUCCUUUUUUCCUUUUGACAUAUAACUAGAGAUUAUCAAACAUAACAUAUAUGGAUUUGUUGUUGUUUAAUCAGGGUUAAGGCAAUUUCAGAGAGGACAGAGCAAAGGAGCAAGAUUGUGCUUAAUAUCGUCGAGAUGGGCACUGAAUCAGCAGCUGGACCAAUCAGCCCCAAUGCAGGGAAACAAAUUCUAGACACAGUACCUGGACAGGUCGUCUUGGAUUCUUUCGGUGCUUUCAGCAGGGUUAUGGAUGCAGCUGAAGUUGCCGAAAAACAAGCUCUUUCUGCUUCAUCCAAAACUGCAACCAAAAUGGUUAGUGAUAGAUUCGGAGAAAGUGCAGGGGAGGCAACAGAAUGUAUUUGCCAUUGCAGAGCAUGCUGCUAGAACUGCUUCCAACAUUGUAAAAAUCCGACAAGCAAUCGACCCCGCAUCCUCUGUUUCCUCUACAAUGGGAAAGAAUGCAAUAAAGAAGAACCUUUGAGGCAACAAGUGCCCUACACAUAUCUACUUCUGAACCAAUCGCAACUAUAUUGAAGAUAAUAUUCCCAGUGUAAUUAGUGUAAUACUAAAUAAUUUCCUAUCCAACAGUGUGAAACCUCUCUUACUCUAGAAAAUCUAAUUGUUAUUUAAACUUACAUUGAUGAUAAUAUAAUGAAGAUAGUAUUUCACUAAUAUCCUAAACUAAAUUAGCAUAAUCACAAUAAAAGAAAGUAAAUGAGCAAAACCAAACAAAACCAUGCA